GGGCCAUGCCGCAUGUGGUGCCCUCCGCCGACCCAGGGGUCACCAACGUGCCGGACUGGUGUGACAGCCACGCCGAGUACAAGGAGGUUGUCGUCUCCUACCGCUCCCAAGCAAAGGCCAUCCUCCGCGCCGCAGCCGCACUCGCACCCGAGCAGGGCCUCCAAGCAGCCGCAGCCCUCCUGAGUACGGCACUCACAGCAUGCAGUACGGCACCCGCCCAACCCCAGGGUGCGGGUACGGCAGGUACGGCAGGUGCUGCUGGAUCCGGAUCUGCCGUACCGUCGCCCACAUCUCAACUGGAGGCCGCGGUGCUGGUGUUGACGGC